AUGGGCGAGUGCUAGUUACCCCGAUUCUGCUAUUUUUGGCGUCGAUUCGGAGAGGCUGAGCAUGCUACGAGAGGUUACCGAGGACGACCCUAGUGGUAGAUUUGCGGAUUUGAUGGAUUCUGUUGACGUUAGGUCAGAAACAGGCAAUGUGGAUCUAGAUGACAAUAGGGCUUCGAGGAUGGAGAAUAGAUAUACGGCUCUUGAUGACAAAGUUGGAUGGGUUACAAGGAACAGGAAGGUGGAAAUGCCAGACGAGAGAGCAACAAGUGCUGAAAGGGUGACAGCCCUGGAAACAGCACUCACAGGAUUUGCUGAAAGAAAAACAGACACGGUGGUGACACCAUCGGUUGGGCUGACUUUUGACUCUAUAAUCGAGGCCUACGAUUUUUACAAUCUUUAUUCCUGGGAGACAGGGUUUGGCAUCAGAUAUGCAAAGAGCAGAACCAAUGUCAAAGGAACGAGAUGCAUGCAGGUGUUUGUGUGCUGCUGCUCGGUGAGUAACCACAAUAUCAUGCUGAUUCUUGCUUCAUGUUUAGAAAGGUCGGACAGGUCACUUACCAGCUUUUGUUUUUUUUUUGAUAAAAUCAGGGCAAGCCAAAAGAGGCGAACUCAACAUCAUCACGGUGUCGAUGCCAAGCCAUGAUAAGACUCUUGCGUACAAAUGACGAUGGCUGGUACAUCAACGAAUUCAGGUCCAGCCACAAUCACUCGAUGUUGAACACAUGUGCUGAGAAACUCCACUUCCCUUCACAUAGGCAUAUUGACAAAUAUACGAGAGAGCUAGUAUCUCAGCUUAGAGAGAAUAAUGUGAACCUGAGCAAAGUUUACAACAUUCUUGCAACUUUUUUUGGAAGGGUAGAAAACGUUCCGUUCACCAAAAGAUGCUUGAGGACACUGUGUGGGAAGCUGAGUAGGGAGCAGGCGGACGAUGAUGUACAGAAGACUAUGGCCAUCUUUUCAGAAUUGAAAGUCCAAGACGGCGAGUUUACUUACAAUGUGCAGUUAGACGAUGAAAGUAGGAUACACACUCUCAUGUGGACAAAUGGGCGUAGCAAAAAACAAUACCAUCACUUUGGCGAUGUGGUCACAUUCGACACAACAUACAAGACCAAUCUAUACGAUAUGCCAUUCGGAAUUUUUGUUGGCGUGAACAACCACUUCCCGAGUGUGUUGUAUGCUGGUGUGCUCAUGCGAGAUGAGAUGGUCGACACUUUCAAAUGGAUUUUUGAUGAGUUUGU